CCCGGCGGGGCUUGUCUGCUGGUCCUCUAUUGGCCGUGGCGGGGGUGUCUGGUGACGUGGCCGCCGGUGCCGGCGGCGGGUGCCGGCAGCGGGGCGAUGCGCGGGCGAGUGGCGGCGGGCGCACAUGGCCAGGAUUGGCGUUUCUUGCCCGGUGUGGCGCUCAGCGGGACCCUGCCCGUGCCCGGUGCCGCGGCAGCGCCCGGCAGCGCUGGCGUUGGCCCUCGCCGUGGGGCUGCUACUGCUGCUGGCGGUCGCCGCACCCCGUCGCUGGGCCGCACCUCCCCGCGCCGCCUGGCGCGACGAGAGGUACCUGGCACGGGCGGAAGAGCUGACGGCCACUGACACCGAGGACUCUGCUCUCAAUUACGGAGUGGUGAUUGACUGCGGGAGUAGCGGGUCCCGGGUAUUCGUCUACUUCUGGCCCCCGCACAACGGGAACCCCCACGACUUGCUGGACAUCAAGCAGAUGAGGGAUCGGAGCAGCCGUCCCGUCGUCAAGAAAAUUAAACCAGGCAUCUCCGUGGCAGCGGCCCCCCCCGAGCAAGCUACGCCCUACCUGCGUCCUCUGCUUCAGUUCGCGGCAGCCCACGUCCCAGCUCAGAAGCACAAGGAAACUCCACUUUACAUCCUAUGCACGGCAGGCAUGCGGCUGCUGCCCGAGAGGCAGCAAGCUGCAAUCUUGGAAGACCUGGUGAGAAAUGUGCCCCUGGAGUUUGAUUUCCUCUUCUCCAAAUCACAUGCAGAAGUGAUCUCAGGGAAACAGGAAGGUGUUUAUGCUUGGAUCGGCAUCAACUUUGUCCUGGGCCGGUUUGAUCAUGAGGACGAGGAGGAUGCAAUGGUCACUGUAGCACUGGGGGACCACGGAGAGUCGCUGGUUCGGAAGCGAACAGUUGGGAUCCUAGACAUGGGAGGCGCCUCCCUACAGAUCGCCUAUGAGGUGCCCGACUCUGGAGCUUUCUCCUCGCAGCAGGAGGAGGCUGCUAAGAGCUUGCUGGCAGAAUUCAACCUGGGUUGUGAUGUGCAGCACACUGGCCACAUGUACCGUGUCUAUGUCAACACCUUCCUGGGCUUCGGGGGCAAUUUUGCCCGGCAGCGCUAUGAGGACCUUGUGCUGAACCAGACCUAUGUGCACAACCGCCUACAUGGCCAGCAGACAGGGCUGAGCCCAGAGAUGCCUUUCCUGGACCCUUGCCUGCCUGUGGGGCUGGAGGACACUGUGGUGAGGGGCCGCCAAACCCUCUACGUGCGGGGUCGAGGGGACUGGCUGGCCUGUGUGGAAAUGGUGCAACCCCUCCUAGCUGCACCCAACAGCAGCCAGGCCUCCCUGGUGGGGACCUACAAAGCACCCAUUGACUUUGGCAACAGUGAAUUUUAUGGCUUCUCUGAGUUCUUCUACUGCACCGAGGAUGUGCUGCGCCUGGGGGGCCGCUACAGUGCCCCCACCUUCACUGCUGCUGCCCAGGAGUACUGCAGGCAACGAUGGGAGGUGCUGACCCAGCGCUUCCGUGGUGGCCUCUACUCUGCACAUGCUGACCAGCACCGGCUAAAGUAUCAGUGCUUCAAAUCAGCCUGGAUGUAUCAGGUCCUUCACCAGGGCUUCCACUUCCCCCUGGACUACCCCAGCCUGCGCACAGCCCAGCUGGUAUAUGACCGGGAGGUGCAAUGGACGCUGGGAGCCAUUCUCUACAAGACACGGUUUCUGCCACUCAGGGAUCUCCGUCGGGAGAGCAUGAGGCAAGCACAUCCCUCCUGGCUGCGCCUCUCUUUUGUCUACAACCACUACCUUUUCUUCGCCUGCAUCCUGGUCGUAGUGCUGGCUAUAGUCCUCUACCUCCUGCGGCUGCGCCGCAUCCACCGCCGGCAGCUGCGCUCGGCCCAGCUCACCCUGCUCUGGCUGGACAAGGUUGUAGUGGCACCAAGCCAGGGAAAUGGGCCAUGAUACUGGUGGUACCCACCUUCCAGUUGCACCAGCAGAACCAGGACUGGAUGACAGCCUGGGCUCCAAGGGCUUUCUUAAAGGCUAUUUCAGUUCUGCAAUCCAUCAUCUCCACAUCAGAAACACAGCCUGUGGGCCGAGGCAGCUGUGGACAUUGGAACUUUCCUUUCCACCUUGCUCCAGUCCUAAUCUUAGCAUUCCUUGGCCUCCAGCCUUUGCCUGUAGAGCAAAGUCCUCUGAUGCCAGCAGGCUCAAGGUUGCAGCCCUGGCAGGGCCCUCAAAUAAGCAGGGCACUAUCACCAAUGCAGCCAACCUAAGGCUUGAGGCACGGGGCCACCCCAUGAUUCAUCCACUGGUUUGCAGAGCAGGCUAAGUGAAGUGCUGUAGUUUAUCACCUGGGGUGGCCUUUCUGCAGUCUACUAACCCAGGGGGUAAAAAUCAGCAGUUGCCAGGGAAGUAACUGCAGAAAUCAGGUGAGUCACAAAUUCCCCUGAACUGCU